UAGAAACGUUAAACAAGAAAUGACAACUAAAAUAAAACGUAAAGUUACUGUUGAAAAUAGCAAAGAGCUGGAUGAUCAGCCCAGAAGACCCAGUGUAUUUGAAAGAUUAGGCCCCGGGGCUGUAAAUAUUGCACCAAUGCCUGCUGAUCGUCGUAGCAGGCCAGAUCACGAAGACAGGUGUAGAAACUGGGAACGUACUGGAAGUUGUUCAUAUGGCAAUACUUGCAGAUACAAGCAUGAAGCCUUCCCACCUCCAAAUGCUUCUAGACGACCUAAUAAAACUGAAAAAGAAAUGGAUAGAAAAGAUCUCAGGCACAAGGUUCGUAAUAAAAGAGAUGAACCUAAGGAACCUAGAAUGGGUUCAGCUUCUCCAAAGAAAAAAGGUAGCAAGCGCAGCAAUAGUAGGAGUAGAAAAGGUGAACAUGAAAGUAAAAUAAAAUCUACAGUUGUUGUUACUAGACAUAGGUCCCCUGGUGCUGGAAAUACUGAAAUUGCUGAUGCUAAAAAAAAAGGUGAUGGCAACUGGGAAGAUGAUUCUGAUGAUUGGCCGAUGGAUGCUGCUCAAUUAGAUUAUAAAGAAGAGUUGACCCUGGAAAGAAAGAGGCAGCAACUUCAGAGAGAGUUGGAAUUAGAACUGCAAAAAGAACGCAUGCUAAAUGAAAAUGUUACAAUAACAAAAACCGUUUCUUUCAGUGGAAGUAGCAGUAGUAGUAGUAGCAGUGAUAGUGGUAGUAUUUCAAGCAGUUCUGGGUCUUCCAGUAGUAGCAGUGAAGAAGACAGCAAUGAGAGUACUUCUUCCUCUUCAUCUUCUUCUUCCAGUAGCCCAUCUCUCAAAAAGAAAAGCAAAAAGUCUGGUGCCAAAGCUCAACUUUCUAAGAAGUCUUCAAAAGGAAGAGUUAAGGAUGACUACGAUAAAAUCAAAAGCAGUAGGGCUGGGAAAGGUCAAAAGCAUCGAUCACCUUCUCCUCUGUUUGAAAAACCUGGUCGUAAAAAAGGUCACGACAAAAGAAAUGCGACGUCUGUGUCACCAAAAAGAAAGAAGGUUGAAGGAAAAAGUGAAAGUGGUGCCAGAUCUAAUUUGAAUGUGAAGCUCAAAGGACCAAGAACUCCUAGUCCUGUGCCAGUUUCUCGAAAGCAGAGGCAAUGGGAUCAAAGUUCUUCUGCUGACAGCCGAUCGGCCGAAGUUCAACAUGGUCGUAAUAAGAGGCACAAGAAAAAGAAGGAUGCUCCUAAAUCUGAUAAGCGGAAAGUUGAUCGUGGCAUCCCUACACCACCUCAUCUAAGCAGUCCAAAUCGCACGGCUCUCAUGCCAAUGGUACAGACUAAGAAAUCAAAGCCUAGAGAUGAAUCAGGCAGCAGAAGGAUGAGAUCACACACACCACCCAUGCUGGCACCUAGGUCUUCAGGAAACGGUUCUCAACCACCUGCCAAACAAUUCGGCACCAAUCGUUAUUUCACUGAAGAAAAAACCAUUGAAAGAAAUCGUCCUGAUGACCGAGGCAAACCUUAUUCCAGAAAAGAAGACAUUCUCCUCUCCCAGAAACAACGCAACGAUAGCCGUGAUCGAACUGAUAAAAGAGGCCGAAUCUCCCCCAGGAAGGAUAAUCGAAAAGGAUCCCUUUCCCCUGUUAAAAAUAGAUAUGAGGUCGAUGUCAAUCCCGUUGCAUCUCGUAAAUUGUAUCCUCACGAUAAGGAUAAAGGGGAUAGGCACAGACAGUCUCCUUCUCCUGUUAGAUCUGACAGAAGGAGACCUCCGGGUGAGUUAGAUAAGAAAAGAGACAUUCGAGAUCUGUCUCCAAGAGACCACGAUCCUCGCAGAGAUACCCGAUACCAAAGUAACGAAGCUCACGGAUACGAGAAGAGAGUCACUGAACCAAAAAUAAAGCGUGUUGUUUCGCCUGAUGUUUUGAAAAAGGGCAGAGAUGAUAGAGGACGUGAUUAUGCUCAGAAAGAUAGAGGGAUAGAUUAUGAAUUCAACUCUUGGCAAGGAGAUCAUAGGAAAAGCAAUACAGCUGGCGGAAGGCGGUCACCAGAACUGAGAGGUCGCCAAGAGCCUUUAUUGCCCCGAAACGAUCGUUCAAGAGAUGGUGAUCAAGACAGAAAAAAGAGGAAAGACCGUGAUGUCUCUAUGAGAUCGGUUGAUGAUGCAGAAAGAUCUAGAUUAUCAUCUCCUAGAAGGUCACAGUCACCCUUGCACGGUCACCAUGGUGUCCGAGACAUUGAAACCCUAGGAGAUUCUAGAAGCCGCAUUUAUGAUUCUGACAUCCCCCCUGGUGAGAGGGAUUAUGCCUAUGGCUAUGAUCCGCUUCAUGAGCAUUACAUUACCGACAGAAUUCUGCCAUCUGAUUAUGAAAGUGAUGUCCUACGUGGUCCACCCCUUUAUCCUUCUGAUGUUUAUUCUGAGAACCGAUACCGCAAGGAUCCAAUUGACAGAUAUGGUCCUAGGGAUGUUAUAUCCCCUAGAGAGAUAUUACCUCAUAGGGAAAUAAUAAGCCUUGGAGGACGUAGUGAAGAUUAUCUUGGUGAUGUUCCUUUAGACGAUCGCAGUUAUGAAGAGCGAUGGCCCAGGGGAAGAGGAAGGGAUGAUUGGGAUCCGUAUGCUUCUGUUCCUCCUGCAUCUUUACCUCCCCACGUUGCUGCAGCUCUUGAUGAAGAUCGUUAUGGCAUGCCUAGAAGACGAAGAGGCUCUCCUGCUGAGUGGCAACAGCGUAAUAGAAUGGAUGAUAGGGAAUCAGGAGGAAAUCUUGGUCACAGGCCUGGACGUGGUCAAAUGACUUCCAGAGAUGGUCGAUCUAGGUCCCCACCACCCCCAUCCAAAGGACAGGGAUCCAAUCGAACCUCUUGGAAUGAACGUGGAAACCGUAAUGAAAAUCGAAACAACGAUAACAGGCAGCAGGAUGAUGCUCAAAAGAAUUUAGAUGAGAGAAAGGGUAGAAAUGUGAGGAAAGACAGGGGUAAAAGGAAAGAAGAUGUCCCGGAAGACAAACCUCCUGCAAAGGAAAAAUCUGCUCCAAAAAGACCCCAUUCUCCUUCGCCUGCUGCUAAAGUGCCGACAAAGAAAAGAAAAAUGGAAGCUUUUGAUAUUCUAAAAUAUCAUGGAGUAGUUGAGAAUCCAGACAAAGCCAAAAAGAAAAAAGAAGCGAAACCUGAGAGCAAGCCAGCCGCAAAUCAAAAACCAGUUAAACAAGAUCAGACAUCAAUUGAUCCAACACCUGCUGUUGAAAAAGGAGAUAGUUUAUUGAAAGGCUCAAAUGAUGCAAAAUCGAAAAAGAGAGAAGAUAGGAAAUCGAGGAAAAAUGAUGAUGCAACUCGAGGAGACGAUGAAUUUAGUGAUUGGAGUGAUGACGAUUUAGACUUGUUUGUUGAUCAAGAUUCAAAUAAUGACAGCAAUAGUAAGCAAAAAAUAAAGGAAGAUUUGAACGAAGAUAGCAUUUCAAGUGGCAGGAAGAGAGAUAAGAGUUUUACACGAGACAGUUCUCAAGAUUCAAGGAAGGGUAAAGAAAGCGGUAGUCGUACCAGCAGCAAAGAUAGAUCUAAUGAGGAAGACAUUCAUUCUAAAGAUGCAAAACAAGUUGUGGAAUCUAAAGAUUUGGAUAAUCAAGAAUCAUUUAUACUCAAAGAAGAUACAGCUACAGACAUUGAUGAAUACAUUACUGCAGAGAGUGUAGAUUAUGAUCCUAUAAGUGAUGAUGAGUUAGAUGCUCUUAUAGAAGAACCAGAUGACACUUUAACACCAAAACCUGAUGAUGAAAAUGAAAAGUCAAAAAUUGUUGAUGCACUUGAUGUUGAUUGGUCUGUUUUGAUGAAAGCCUCCGCAGCUAAAACAGGAUUCAUUCCUGGCCUUUCUAGAAGUAGAUUUAAAGCUGCUCACGUACUCUCCAGAAUUGGCUUUUCCCAAACAUUUGCUGGAGCCGAGCUUACAAAGAAAAUAAAGGAUUUUUGUGACAAACAAUUACAUGAAGAAAAAGAACAUGAAGAAGGAUCUGAAAAAAUUCCUGUGGAAAAAAAAUUCAAAAUGGAACACAGAGUGGCUGCAUUUCAUGUUUCCAUGUCGCAAAACAAGAGAGAACGUAUCAAUCUGUUCAGCGAAGUUGGUCCUUAUAGACGUGCCUUAUGUGCUCGCAGAGAUUUGCAAAUUCGUAAAAUGCUGUGCAGGCCUCUCAACAAGUUUGCAAGUGUUCCAUCUGUAUCAUACACACCACAAUAUACUGUUGUAGAUAAAGAACUUUACAAACAAAGUCUUGAGUUUCUCAAAGUAAAGAAAAGUCCUGAACCUUCACCGCCAACAAUUGCUUGUUCAUGAAGAAGUAACAUAAUGUUUAUUAAUCAUACAUUAUACAUAUAUACGCUGUGUAAUUAGCAUACGCAUUCAAAUAAACUUUAACCAAAAUUUAAAAA